AUGAGGAUAAAACAAAUCAAACCUGAAGACAGAAAAAAGAAGUCGGCAAAUGACCCGUCACGUAUGUGGAAUCCAAACUGGGCCAACCCGCGAACUGAAAGUGAGUUAGAAAUGUGCUUAGCAUGGGACACUGAAGAAGGAUUGAGUUCGGAAAGUUCUGGUCCAAGUUGGAUCACUGAUGUAAAUAAGGUGAGAGAAAAACUUGAUCCAAAAGAGGCUAGAAGAAUCGGCUUUCCUACAGCUUCUACAAAGAUGCAGAAUAAAAGAUCCGUUGACAGCAGAGGUGAGUUUAUUCAAGAAAAUGAAGAAGUUUCUUACCAGAUCAAAUCGGCGACUUCUCCAAAGACACGGAGUAAAAGGAUGGAUAGUAACAUCGAGUGUUCCAUUCAAGAUAGUGGUAAGGCAUUACUAGCACAAGGAGUUAAAGAAUCAACCGUUGUUAAAGACGAAAAUGAAGUUCAAAUGAUGCAAGCUGCUAAGGCUAAGUCUGUAGAGGUUGUUCCGGAUUGGAUGAAUCGUAACAAGAAAGCAGCCCAAGAACUGUCAUUAGAUGAUAUAACCGAUCAUGUGGGAGAACUACAGGUAUCGACACCUGAUAAGGACGCGAGAUCGAAUCCUCCAGAAAUGACGCCAGUCAUCAGGUUGUUUUUGAACCAAGGUGACAACCAGGGUUGGAAAUGGAUGAAAACCUUCGAACCGGUCGAAGAAGCUGCCCAACAGAAAAAAGAGUCUAUUCUAAUUAAUACCGAAAGCGAAAGUUCAAGUAUAUCGACUCAAAAGGCUCAUUCAUUGAAAAAAGUAUCGAGAUUCCAGGAGGAGCUUGAAAGUAUUGAUUGGACAAAAUUGAGCUCAACAGAAUCUCCUCAAGUUCAAAGGCUUCCAAAUGUUCUUUACAAUGCGUCCAAUGAUUCGAAUAUACCAUCAAAGACUAUGAAUGGUGUAAAUGACGAACCUUUGAUUAUACUAGAUGAUCCGUCACUCUCUUUCGGCAUAUGUCCAACGGCAUCCUCAAGCUCGUUAUCAAGAAUGGAGGAAAUGUUGAUCAAUCUUGACGAGAAACCUAAUAAAUUGUUUUCAGUUGAAGACAUACGAGCCGUCCGCGAACCGAGAACGUUCACAAAAGAAAGGAAAAAAAGGCAAGAUUCACAUUACAGAAACAUAACUAGUUUAUUGCAUAUACCUAAUUAUAUUCCAAUAUAUAUUCAGAAACCUUUACUCGAUUUGCGAGAAUUUGAUCCGCUAUUUUCACAAUGA